AUGACCGUGUGCGAUUUGUUGGCCGAGUACGAUGCAGCCGUCAGACCCAGCGGAAGGACUCCAUACAACAAUUCCAAGGGUCCAGUAAUUGUCGUGACAAGUCUCAAUAUCCGCUCGAUCUCGGCUGUCUCUGAAAAGAACAUGGAAUUCGUAGCGCAGUUCCGAAUCCGGCAGGAAUGGUUCGACGAUCGCCUUCGCUUCAUGGACCACCAAGGUCCACUUUCUCCAGAAUUUCGUAAUUUCGAGUUCAUUCAUGUGGCCAGAGAUCAGCGUCUAUGGAUUCCGGACACAUUUUUCCAAAAUGAACGAAACGGGUGGUACCACAUGUUGGACCAGGAGAAUCGCUUUUUGAAGAUUCGCUCAGACGGGAAACUCAUCUAUGACAGAAGGUUAACACUUCACUUAUCGUGCUCUAUGCAUUUAUCACGUUAUCCAAUGGAUUCGCAAAAUUGCGAGAUCGCUUUUGCUUCUUGUGAGUUUUUGGGUAUGCUUACACUACAGACGAUAUUAAAUAUGAAUGGGACGUGGAGGCGAUUCGGAUUCCACGAUGGAGCUAACGGUGCUCUGCCUAAUUUCGACAUCGCCACCUUCCGAAACGGAACAAGGGUGAGCGCUUUUGUUGAUGAUCAAUAG